ACAUUCAAACUUUUAAUGUACUCGAACACAACAUUAUUGUCAAUUUGUCAGUGUUUUGAUUCAAACACUAAUAAAGUUAAAGAAAAUUCAAAUAAUAAUUUGUGUUUAUUGAAAUUUAAUAAUAAUAAUAACGAAAUGGAAACUAGAAGACAUUAUCCAGACAAAACACGUCGUGAUGUUAAUUUUAAUCAUAAUAUUAAACAAAAACAAUCAUUUGAUAAACGAAAAGCAGAAACUUAUGCAUUAAGAUGUAAAUUUCCAACAAAAGUGCCGAUUAUGGUUACACGAUACGCAAAAGAAAAGAAUCUUCCACAUUUAGAUAAAUCAAAAUAUUUAGUACCACAAGAAAUUACAUUGUCACAAUUUAUAACAAUAAUCAGACAUCGAAUGCAAUUACGGCCAACGGAAGCAUUAUAUUUAUUAGUAAAUGAUCGUUCGAUGUUAAGUCUUAGCUGUACAUUAGCCGAAGCAUAUCAAGAAUAUCAAGAAAAAGAUGGUUUUCUCUAUAUCACAUAUGCAUCACAAGCAGUUUUCGGUUGUAAUGAAGAAAAAUCAACAACACAUCCCAAAUCCACAGCGAAAACUAAGAAAUGAAUUUGUUUGAUUUUUAUAUCAUUUUAAUUUUUCAUUAACAAUAAUUUUAAUUUUAUUUUUCACAACGUCAUAAUUAAUAUAUAUUCUCAACGACAUUUUCUUAUUAUAUACGUGUUUAAUUGAGUAGAUUUUAAGUGUGCUUGCCUAUAUGUUUUUAUUUGUCUAACUGAUCUUCUUACGAAAAAUUAUUCGACCAUUUUUGGAAAAAUUAUUUUGAAUUUUAUAUUCAGGACGCAUGUGUUGUAAGCGAGUAUAAAAAGAAUGUAGAAAAGCAAUUCAAAUAUUUGUACAUCAAUCUUGCAUCGUUUUGUAGACAAAGUAACGUAGAUUCAAUCUCUGACACGAUUACUAUGAAUUUGAGAGUAGCUUACAUAAGAUGGUAUCUUAAAAUACUCGAUUAUACAAAAUAUUUCGAGAGAGCAUUUCCAACAUUUGAAGGCGCUUCCUUUUAUAGACAUGGUAUAUUUUAAUUACUGACAAUAAUUCGAAUCCAAUAUUAUACUCGGUACUAAAUUAACGUAUGCUCGGGCCCUUAAGGAAUGCCAUUCUCCGGGUCCAUUAGGUAAUGUGAAAUUCAGACGGCGCCGCCAUGUUUAGUCUUUGUAAAUCAACUUGACGCCUCUUUGUGUGCGGCUCUUAUCAUAAAAAUUUGCCUUUUCCCUCUUUUUUCUUUUUUUUAGUCUUCGUAAUUCAACUUGACGCCCCCUUGCGCUUCUAAUAAAAAAUUAAAAACCUUAACCGUGUGCAUGCCUUUGUAGCGCCUUCUUGUACAAAUUGACCUUUUCUCUUUUGACCUUUCUCCAGGGUCCUUACCCAUUGCGGGGUCCGAAGACAGUUGUCUAGUCUGCCUAAUAGUUAACCCAUCACUGAUUAUACUGGUAGGUACGAA